AUGACAUCACCCGACAAGCCACUUGUAGAAAGUCAACAGGGACAUUACAGCAGUCCCCACGACCACUCCGUCGGAGUUGGAGCUGUCUGGCCACAACAUGGAGCCCCUAAUCCAGCGUCUUCUCCCAUUCCUCCCGGUUUUGUAGCAGGCGUACCACGCAAUCAGGCAUCGCCUCCUCCCCCUGGCUUUAACAAAUCGUCGUCGACCCCGUCCAAAGCCAAGAACUUUCAGCCAGGAUAUACCGACCCUCGCAACGCACCCUCCGUCGUCGACACUAGAGGACCAAGCAGUGCUUUGUCUGCUGAAAUGGCACAGGCAACCGGUGGAAGAACCUCCAGCUAUGCCAAUUUGGCCGCUGUUCUGGGAACUGGACUGGCGGAAUCCAUGGACGAUGCCCUUGGUGGUGGAGAUCCACACGGCAACAAUAAUCAUGCUCAAGAUCUUAGCUUUGCCAGACAAUCGCGGCAUGCCAUGGCUCGGCGCCUGAUCGGCAGUCCUCCACGUGUUGAUCCCUUUGGAUUGGACAUAGGAGGUGGUUUGAUGGGGACAGCACCAUCCACUCUGGGAGGUGGGCUCCAACUCAAUAAUCAAGAUUUACACCUUCCUCCCUCGUCGGCGCCAAAGCAUGGCGGUGGAAGUCAAAGCGUCAGGUCAGAGAGUGAUCACUUCCAGGGCGGUGGAUUCCUACCGGGAACGUUCAACGAGGACGAAUUUGGAAAAGCUGAUCAAGCCCUCCUGCGACGUGACUUGUCUCCACUUAGCAUGUUUGGACCCAAUGCAGCUCGUCGAGGACAGCUUCCCGUCUCCAAAGAUCUAGGCGUCACAGUCAUGGAACCAGGGAAUGAACAGAGAACACCUCGUGAUAUACCCAACGCUGCAGAUUCGGGCUUUCCCGCUGACGAUGGAGGUGGCGUCCUUGCCGCACUCAUGCAAGAUCAGCAAGAGUACUGCAACGACCCUCAGUGUCAGCAACAGCCUCAACAACACUUAUACGAACAGAAACCUCUAAACAGCACGGCUACUUACGAGCUUGAACACGGAAUGCGAAACCUGUGGAGAGACGACGAUGCAAGCCUGGGACAGGCCAGUCGGCAGUCUGGAAGUCGACAACAAUCUCACUUGGAUCGAACCCUCAACAACGCAGACUCGCGUUCGGCUGGGUCGCAAUCGUCGAGAAAGAUUGCAGAGGCUGAGUUACGUCCUUUCCUUUGGGACACACGUGUGCCUCAACAUCAAAUGAUGUAUCGUGGAGGACAGCAACAACAGCAACAAACCUCCGUGGAUCCGAGUCGAUGUCUAGCCAUUCUGCGUGCGGCAAGCUUGCAAAUCCCUGAGGUCCGAUCAUCCUGUGAAGCGUUUGGUGUGAUUGACACCUUCCGUUCCGAUUUUGCCGACCGAGGAAUCAUUUUUGUUUCGUACUUUGACAUGAGAAGCGCCCAAUAUGCGGCCCUGGACUUGGAAGCGGUGCUGAAACGUCGUGAGAACGAUAGAGGAGGCAGUAGCCCGGAUGUUCGAGUGUACUAUUCCGUCCCACUGAACUCUUCGUCGCAGACAGACGAAAGUCGACUGAUCCUGUCCGACGUUCCUCCAUAUUUCGAUGAGCACUCGUUGAUAUCCAUGUUAUCGACCUAUGGAGCCGUUCGGUCUUUGAAGCGGCAUGGCGGGUACUACGGUGGGUCUUCGUUUGAGGUAGAGUUCCACAAUGUCCAAGAUGCCAAACAGGCCCUCCUUGAACUGUCCAGCACGCAGCCUUGGGGCGCGGACGUCGCCGUCGAGGUUGCAAUGAGACAACCUAUUGAUAAAAAGAGAGGCAGGGAGCUGUUGGGAGUGAUUGGUCGCUGGAGGCACGGACCAAAGUCACCGGCAGCAUCGAUAGCCAGAAACUUUGACGCUCCCUCGCAUCUCAACCACGGAGCCAUCAUUUAUCGCGGAGCAGAAUCGUCGACUUCGUCUUCACCAGCAGUGGCCGCGCCGACAGAGAUGACUCAAUUGGUACUCGGGCCAGAUGGACGAUACUCCUAUAUGGUUGUCAACAACCAAUCCAGUGGAUUUCCGCAGAAUCCUUCCAACGAUUUUCACUCUCCUUACAGGCGAAACCAGCAGCAGCAAGAGCACAUCGAGCCCCAAAGGCAACAGAUCGUACACGGGCCGAAUGGAGAAAUCUACAUCACGACGCUUGCGGUACCAGCGUCGUCUCAUUCAAACUAUCGACAGGGCGGCCCACAGUCUUCCCGAGAUUACUGGCAACCUUCGCAGAAUCGGAACGUAUCUUCCCAACCUCAAUAUUCGAAUGCUUCCUACCAUUCGGUGGACAGCCGAGAACGAGGGGACAGGAUGUCUGGCCCGUACUAUUCCAAUCAAAAUGAUCAUCACUCCCACGGUGGAAUGCAUCAUCAUAAUCAUCACCAGCAGCACCAUCCUCAUCCUCACCAUAGUAGUAAUGCCUCCAACGCAUCGGUUGAAGGAGGCGAGAAAGACAACAAACACUUGGUCCUGGACUUGGAAUCUGUUGAAAAUGGGCGUGAUGGUCGCACUUCGUUGAUGGUACGGAACAUCCCAAACAAGUAUACUCAGCAAAUGUUGUUGGCAGAAUUCACCGAGAAUGGCCUGGGACCGGGUGUCAUUGAUUUUUUCUACCUUCCAAUCGAUUUCAAGAACAGAUGCAACAGAGGGUAUGCCUUCAUCAACUUUGUUGACUUCAAGGACAUUCUACCGUUCCACCGGAGGUACUUUGGAAAACACUGGAGCACUUUCAACAGUGACAAGAUCUGCGAUAUCACAUAUGCUCGGAUCCAAGGCAAAGCGGCUAUGUUGAAACGCUUUGAGAACUCGGCUCUUAUGGAAAAAGAUGAGGAGUACAAACCCUUGGUGUUCAUCAGCCACGGCCCCGAGAAGGGCAAACGAAUUCCGUUCCCCGAAGCAGCAGCUUCACACCACCACCACCACAAGUAG